ACGUCCGUUUGCUCGCAGACCGCGCGCGCCUUUGGCGGGCGAGGCGGUUCCGCUGAGUGGGCGUGGCUUCCCAUGGCGUGCGCGUGCGCGCUGUGGCGGAGUCUGCGGUGCCGGAAGCGCUGUCGUUACUCUUGCGCUGGGAGCCGUGGCGUGGAGCUUCCGCCAUGGAGGGCCCCGGGCCUGGGCUCGCCGCGCGGCCGCUCACCGAGGAUGAAAUGGCGGAGGUGAAGAAGGAAGCUUUAGAAAGGAUGCGUCCCUAUUUGUGUGACAAAAUUAUCGCAGAGAGACACUUUGAUUACCUGCGAUCGAAGAAAAUACUCACUAGAGAGGAUGCUGAAGAAAUAUCUUGUCGACCCUCAAGUAGGAAGAAAACUGGGAAGUUACUGGACUACUUAGCAGAAAAUCCAAAGGGACUCGAUACUUUGAUUGAAUCUAUUAGAAGAGAAAGAACACAGAACUUCCUGUUAGAAAGGAUAACUGAUGUGGUGUUGAAAGUCAAAAAUGAAAAACUUGAAGCUCUCAAAGGUCUGAGCUGCAGCAGCUGUAUAACUUCAGUGUAUGGAGGAACAAAUAAUCUUUCUAGGUCAUAUUCUGAUGAAUCCAAUUACUAUGAAAAAGUAAAAGAAUCUACCCAUAAGCAACCAGAAGAACAGUUUAGUACAGCUGCUUUUGUGUCUGCUUCAUCUCUUCGUUCAAUGAAUUUACCAAUUGUGGAGAUGGGAAGCACAGAAAAUGCAGUCUUCUCCACCACGCUUCCAGGACCUGGGGAUCCUGGAGCACCCCCUCUUCCACCAGAACUGCAGUCUGAACAACAGGAAGCCAGUGCCAGUUCAAGUGACAAUCGUUUUCUGCCUUUAAGAUCUCGUUCUCUUCUACCACAAUGACUUCAAUGACUCUUUUUCCUGUCUCUUUACUUAAAGGAGGGGGUGUUGUGAGACUUUUAUAUAUCUUUGCAGGCAGCAUACAGAAUGUUUCCAAACUGUUAAAUCGCAAAUAGGGGGAAAUAGCCUAUAUGAGUUGCCCCCCCCCC